GACACAAAUUCGGAUUGAACAGAAAAUACCGGUUCUAUACUGCAAGAUGGCGGACCGGAAGUUCGGCGUUCAAGCGCCUUGCGAACUUCUUUUCUUGUUCGGAUGUGUCAUGACAUUUCUCACUCGAGUAAGCGCAAAGAAGAUCCUUCUGCUCUCGCCCCCGGCAGUAAGUCACCUUCUUCAGACGAAUGCAAUUGCAGAGGGCCUGAUCGCCAAGGGACAUGACGUGUUUAUCCCCAUUGACGUGAGGGGCAAGACACCGGACGGAAUCAUCAACCGAGGGGUCAGGCAGGUUGCAUACGACACGGGAGUGGUACCAAUUUUCCUUAACCCGGCAUUCCAAGCGUACGUUAACAUUGACUCGGACGAAGAGGCGACUUUCUUCGAGCGAUUUAAGAUGAAGGUGACUGGUUUCGGACUUUUCCACCAGGAAUGCGAAAGGAUUGUGAGAAACGAUAGACUCUAUGAACUCCUAGAGAAGGAACGAUUCGAUUUUGUUGUGGUUAACGGUUUAAUGCGAUGUUUGAUGAUCAUCCCCCAUAAACUGGGUAUUCCUUUUGCUAACUUCAUGGCUUUCCUGCCUCCAGACAUACCAGACGCAGCCCUGCAGGGCCCAAUGCUCAUCCGUGGGCACAUGGAUGACCUAAUAUCGGAAUCGGACAAUACCCUCACGAGGAUAGUUCGCAUAUCAAUGACGACGUUGCACUCGCUUUUCAUGGGAGGUUUCGGUGACUAUUCUCCGCGCUUCAUCAGCGGUUUGCAAAAGCAAUCCCUGUUAUGGUUGUAUGACAAUAGCAGAAUAUUCGACACGGCGCUGCCGGUUUCUUCAAAUGUGAUACACGUAGGAGGUCUAAAUGUACGUAAGCCGGGACAAGUCAAGGAUAAAAAAAUGAAACAGUUCCUCGAUUCUGCAAAUGAGGGUUUUAUUUUAGUCUCGUUUGGCAGCAUUGCCAGGCAGACCGCUGGCAAACUGAUAGAAGUUUUUUUGGAUUCAUUCAGAGACGUCCCUUACAAAAUUAUUUGGAGGUUUAACAGACUGAAAUUAAAACCGGGGCAAAUUUUGCCAGACAAUGUCAUGGCGGUGAACUGGAUUCCACAAAAUGACGUCUUGGGGCACAGGAAUAUCCGGCUUUUCAUAACGCACUGUGGGAAUGGCGGACAGCAUGAGGCUUUGUAUAACGCAGUCCCUAUGCUAGGUAUCCCGCUGUUUGGAGAUCAGUUGCACAAUGCGAAACGGAUGGAAAGGCGCUGGCUUGGUGUCUUCAUCCGUCCACAAGACCUUACCAAAGAAAAACUCAUCGAUGGAAUAAAGCAGGUCAUCACUGACACAUCUUUCAAGGGAAAUAUGGCAGUUGCCUCGAAAAUCUUCCGGAGUUCUCCGAUGUCGCCUCGGGAAACUGCCGCCUACUGGAUCGAUCACGUGAUCAAACAUGGCGCCGAUCACCUUAUGAGUCGGACCAAUCAGAUGUCCUGGUUCGAGAUACUGAUGAUCGAUGUGCUUAUUUUUGUAGUGACGCUGAUAGUAGUGGUUUGUUUACUUACGUACCUUAUAGGAAAAUGUGUUAUAGGCUUAUGUAGGAAGUGUUGCCAUUCAAAACAAGGGCGAAUUGAGAAGAAAACCAAAUAAAUUUGAAAGAUGUGCCAGGUUUUACCAGAUUUAAGCCUAACCAGACAAUACGAAUUAGAAAUGCAUACAAAAGUUACAAUGAUUAAGCAAAUAGGAACUUUCCAGUUUGUGAUUACGAAUCGCAUUACAAUAUCAGCAAUACACUGCUGUACAAUCACACUGACUUUAUCAGUCCAAGAUGGACCUUCACUGAUCCUAGCAACCAGGCGUGAUUCGUCUGGCAAAUGAUGUGGCUAACUAAAUAAGACAAUCAUCUGAAAGUAAUGACCAAUAUAUAUGUUGCCGGAGCAUUGGUUUAGACUAGAUGACCAAGAGAUUGUAUGGCCCGGGAAACCGACGCAAUAAAGACGGGAAAUCAGGGAUGCUGAGGCGUAUUGAUCAAGCAAAUGGUCUCUUUCCAUUUACGAUGCACACGGAUCGUCUGCAAAGGCGCCAUUUAUCUUGUAGUUGUUAAUAAACUUUAAUGAAGAUGUUCCACCGAUAUUUUCCCAUCUCCUGUUUCUUAACACAUUCUCCGAGAUCGACAGACAUAGCUAUGCGAAAGAAAACCGGCUAUUCGAUGUAAAAGAGACGACGGAAAAUAAGUUACACCCUCGCCCGAGAUGGCACUGUCGUCUUUCACAUUUUCAUAUAUCAAUGUUGAUGCAUGUACUUUGUUCAAUACAUCCACACAUGUCAGAUAUUGCUGCUUAUAAAAUGAUACCAUCUCGAGAGGCGACCUUAUAUAGCUUCCAUCAGCUUGCACGCAGUCGCAGUUUUGUUAAUUAAACAUCUAAAAAAGGAGUGAAACACUGUAAUGCACGCCCCAUGUGUCACCCUUCUAAUGUACAGGUUCCCUCCAUCUUUGUAAAUCAAGUAUAACGGCCAUGGUUAAGCUUAGAAUUCGCGUCAGCCUGCGCUAGUCCUACUUAACAUGAAACUUUUAUGUCUUCGAUCGUGAUUGUGGUUAUAAAUCAUCUUACCUUUAAGUGAGUUAUUUUUACGUCUGAGGAGUGUUGACUUAGUAGGAGCAGAGUUGUUUUUCAAAAAUUAUUUGAAAGACUCUGGUAGAAGCA